UCCUGUGUCAAAGUCCAGCUGAGUGCUGGUACAGUGAUAACCUGGUGAUAGCAGUUAAAACUGGAGAUGUUUUGCAGAAUCUUCACUCAUCAGUGCUUGUUUAAAUGACGGUGUUGUGAGUGUGUGUGAGCUGCACACCAACAUGGAGCAGUCUGUGGAGUCUCUGGUCCGACUGCUCGAGUCCUACAGAGGAAGAGAUAAAGUUAUCAGGACGGUCUGUUAUGGCUCCCAGCUCAUUGGAGGAUUUCUUUCUCGUAAGGCAGAAGCAGACGUUGCAUCCCACCGGCUCGGGAAAAGUCUGCUGUUGUUUUCUGCUCAGCUAAGCCAGUGCAGGACGGUACUCAGGCUCUUUGAUGACCUCUCCAUGCUGGCUUACUCCCAUGGCUAUGGUCUUGGAGCUGGGGAGGAGGAUGCAGGUGUGCGUUGGAUAUCAGUGCUGACCAACGUGGCCGACCAGCUCUACUACCCCUGUGAACACAUCGCGUGGGCCGCUGACGCUGAGCUUAUCAGAGUGGAGUCUGGUAAAUGGUGGCUGUUCAGCACAGUGCUGUGGGGAACCUCACUGCUGCUGGGAAUAUUCAGGUCGCUUCGAGUUCUGCUGCUGCUGAAAAAAAAGCUUAAGAGAUGUGGAGGAGACACAGUUGGACACAGUCGCUCUUGGCUCCGCAGACAGAUGCAGGGGGAGGUUCUGUCCAUCUUCAGCAGCAUGGCUGACCUCAGUAACGCCAUUCACUGGAUGCCUCCUGGCUUCUUGUGGGCGGGCCGAUUCCCCAACUGGCUGGUUGGACUGAUGGGCACCGUCUCAUCUCUGAUUGGUUUGAUCCAGAUGAAUGCCUGUGACAGUGACCAGUCAGACAGUAUGUAUUCUUCACCUCACAGUGAGGCAUAGACAAGAUGCUUUCAUGGCAAAUGUACAGUAUAUUGGUGGUAAAGAUGAAAGGAUUCAUCUGUAAUAUGAUCUGACUCCAGUCAGAUAGUCUGUGGAGUUUAAUUGCAGCCUUGUAGUGAAUAUAAUGUCCAAAAAUAUAAAAUCAUCUAGACCUAUAGCUGCAUAGUAAUGAAUAAACUUAAUUGACUUCCACGUGACUCGGAUGUGACCUACUCUUAUAAAAGUUCCACUGGAUGUUGACAUUUGAGUCAAUCAUCACACAAUGAGAGGCAAGAUUAGAUGAGAUUAAUGAAUCAGAUGUUCUUUUGUUUGGCUCCUAUUUCUCAUCUUUCAGCUUCAGCAUUGUAAUCAGACAAAUUUAUUUACACUUGAUGAGUCACUACAUGCAAAUAAAAGUAUUAAAUUUGUAUACAGUGCAGGAGGUUUUUAGAAAGCAGGAUUUAGGUCCUACUGUACAUGACAAUAAAAUGUAAAUUACCUUACCCACACCUUUUUAUUCUCCAAUAGUGUUUUAGUGCAGCCACGAUUGUAAAUACAACAACUUUGGCUUGGACAAUAGCUCUUUUGCCUGAGUGCAAGACUUCAUAUAGGUUGUAUCCUAGUUUGUUAAUAUGUAAAGCGGUCCAAGACUGCACCCUGCUACUGGCAGAACAGAGUUCAUUUUUGCACCAACCACUGUGUUUAACGUAAGAGCAGAGAAGAUGCACAAUGAUACUGUCUCAGUCAAUCACAUCAGAACGUCAAUGCACAAUAAUGAUUGUGGAUAGAAAUUGCAGCUGUAUGGUUAUUCCUAGGGGAACACUAUGACAGUAUGUAAGGUUAAUCAGUUGUUGCCUUAUUAACAUACUUUAUAUACUGAUUUUAAAAAUUGCAUUGACUUAUACAGUAAGUCAACCUUUGGAUUUAUUGCUAUGCCUUGUUAGGGUUGUGAUGACUGGACUGCUCAGAUUUCUCAACUGAAAAUAAUAUUUCUGUCAUGUAAUGUUUAAAGAUCAUCUCAGUGUUUGUUUAAAACAUAUAAUGUCCUCAGGCAUUGAAGUUGCUAACUGCAUUAAGGUUGACCGCGAGAAUGUCAAAUUUGCAUUAAAGAAUCACUAGAAAAUAGGCAGCAGAUAGGCCUAAAUGUGAACAU